UUAACCUGCUCGACAAACCCCUGGAAUUACAGCAAAACUAAGCAUGACUGAAGUGUAGAUUGUCAAACAAAGAGUCGAUUCUUCUUCAAAGCUUGAAGCUUUUGUUGCAAUAAUAAUGGCGUUCACUGACACUACAGGUAUAACGAAAUCCGACGCCAUGAUUGUGAAGUUCCGUGCUCGAGAUUACGCUACAGAAGCAAAGGAUCACUCUCUCCCUCGGAUUCCAGUCGAUGUUCAUCCUCUCUCUUCUACUUGCUCAUUCUCUCUUUCGGUUGAUUACGCUAAUGAAGAUAAGAAUGAGAAAUUGGAUCCUUUGAGAGUACCCUGCAGCAGUAUAAUUGUUCCUUUUGAGGAUUUAGAGGAUGCUUCAAAUGGUUCUAAUUCAGACAUCUCAGGCAGUUGUUCUGUCGAACGUUUAGAGAAAGAUUGGAAUAUUUUUAAGAGAUUCUUGGUGCAGAAGUUUCCUCCGUCUAAAACUGUUGCUAUUUCAUCGAUUGCUGACACAGUGAUUGGAAGCCAUAAGGCCUUUGAGAAAUCAUCAAAUAUGCUUCCGGAUGAAUUAGAUGAUCCACUAAUCCCUGACGAGGAUGUGAAAUAUAUCACUCAGCAAGAGUACAUUGCAAAAAUAAAUGAAUUGAAGAAUGAAGUUCUUGAUGCUUGGAGUGUCGGUGAUCAUUUUAAAUCGCUGAAGUUAUCCGUUAAGGUUGCUAGGCUAUUGAGGGACACAACAUUACUACAAUUUUAUCCUACCUUAUUUUCUUUGGCGACUGAUAUAUUGGAUAUGCUUGGUGAUAUGGUAUGGGAGCGCAUUAAGCGGAAGGCUGAAUAUUUGGAAGAUGGCAUACAGUUUCAUGCUUUGCCAGAGGAUUUUCAAGCAAGUGAUGUUUGCUCGGAUGCAAAGGAAACCUGUCACAAUUGGUUUUGUAAGAUCGGUUCCAUACGUGAUCUGCUGCCUCGCAUCUUCAUGGAGCUUGCAAUAUUGCCUUGUUGGCGAUUCUUACGUGAUGACUUUACUGAUGUGGUCCAACGCUUGCUUGCAAUGAUGCGUGGUUUUGGUUCUCCUUUGGCAUCUGCAUAUUGUCAUCUGUAUUUGGUCUACCGUGUUCAGAAAUUACCGGCAUGCCACAAUGAAUAUCUCAUUACUUGCAUAAGAGACAUUAAUCUUAUGAUGGUUUCUAUCAUAUCAUCAAAAGAAACCACAGAUGAUGGGAGCGAUGUGAGCAAAGAAUCUUUUAUUCACCUUCUGGAACCACCUAUGGAGUACAUCGUGAAAUCCAUAUUUAAGGAUCGGAAGCAAGGAAGCAAUAUACUGGUCAAUGACAGACUAGCAAGGACGUUGUCGGAAUUAUUUGGAAAAAGUUCCUGUGUUUCGCUUGUUCUCAACCAUUUACUCAAGGAACUACCGACUGAAGCAAUCCGAUCUAAUGCUCUGCGCAUACUGGACCUCAUUGAGUGCAGUGUUGGUUCAUCCAUUGAUCAGUGCUUGAACUACAGGUUGCUUGGAUUUAGGCUUUAUGAAACAGAUGCUCCAAUGGAGAUGGUCAACAUGGUUUUAGAGCGAGUGAUUCAGGAUAUCUGUCAGUACCCAGACCUGGAUACUUAUCUGAAAGUUGUGGACGGUUAUGUUGAUAUCAUCCUCCAUAAUCAAAUGAAAAGUGAAUUGGAAGUGCUUCUUGAAGGGAUUGCAGAGCGAGCAAGCAACAAAUGGUUAAGUGAUGCUGAGCUUGAGAGCUUGCAAUCAGUUUUUAUCAAGAUUCUUGGUCAUACAAAGUGUUUGGAAGAUAUUUUAGAGCUGAAUGCUUUGGCUGAAAUCAUAGAUGCCAUGCGCGGGACAUCGAAGAAUUCCAUUAAUAUGCGUAUUCUUGAAAUUGCUACAAGGAAUGGCAUUAUCAAGAGUCCUUCUAUUAUACAGUUCCUUUUUGAAGUUGGUCAAAGUCUGCAUAAAGGGAAAGAUUCUGCAAAUAUGCUGAACUCUGAUAAUCAAUCUUUGCAGCGUUUACUUUUGCGUUUCGUGCAUAUGGUAGAUUUUGGGACAGAUUGGGAACGCCACCUGGCAUUUCUGAUUGAAUGCCGCGCAUCUUUUGCUAGUUUCGAUGAAAUGAAGGAAUCUCUUGUUCAUCAUGCAAACUGCUUAGUGAUGAAGACACUGAAAGAUGCCAAACAGCAUCUCUCUUUUGCAAGAUCAUGUUUAGCAUUUUCUGAGGCGACAAUUCCUUCUAUUACGACUCCUGCAAAGCAGCUAUUUCUUUAUCUUGAAACUGCUGAGGUUGCGCUGACCAGUAGCUUAGUUUGUCAUUCAGAUGGAUUGAUAGAUUCAGCUCUAAGCUCUCUUCAAAGUCUUGUUUUUGAGGAUUCACGGUUACAACUUGAUGUUGACAGAAUCAUCUGCAUAAUUCAAAAACUGUCUGGCCUUUUGAUCAUGGUUCCAGGUAACCCUAUGCAUGGAGUCACCCACAUCCCAAAGAAAUUGCUCUCAUUGGUCAAUUCUCACUCAUGGCGAAUAACUCCAAGGUUGAGAGUCAGAACAUUGUGCACAAACAUUUUAUUAUUGGCAGCAUUAUCACAGCAUAAUCUCCCAUACUAUCCUACUGGCAUAAAAGAGGUUCCUGGAAAUAACCUCCUAUAUUUUGAUGAACCGUCCUACCAUGAAGAACUUUCAUCAUUUUGCAGCUACUUACUUCAGGAUCUGCUUUUUGCUAUUAAACAAGAAUCUUCUCCAACUGCUCGUGGAAGCCUUGCACUUGAAGCCUGCAACUGCAUAGCAUCAGUUCUCAAGAUGGAUGAUAGCGUAAUGUGCUUAUGCAAUGAAUUGGUGGAGAUAGCAAAAUCUUGUUUGAGUACGAAGCACAAUUAUUUAUUGUCAACAUCCAACUUUCUUGCAAAACACUUACAAGUUGCAAACUGAAAAACAUUCAGUAAAUGAUGAGUUCGAUCCAUUAAACAGAGCAAAAGUUUCCUCUUGCUCUAGUUGCCUGGGCUUUAUCGAAUCUAUCAAAGCAGAUGAUUAUUCUGGAACGCGUUUUGAAGAUCUUUGAACAGGUCCGAAUACUAUGUGUGAUGUUGGUACUCAUUUGUGGUGAGGCUUGCCAUACAUGUCUAUCUUGUGUGUAGGCUCAUUGCUGAACUGUCAUGACAAUGUUGAAAAUAUAACUUGGGACUUUGGGAGUUUCUCUCAAUUGUGAAAAAUGAAAAUACAACCUUAGUGUAAUCAAGCGGCUCCCAAGUUCCAUAAGCUUCUAUAAAGGUGCGAUUUAAAUAGUCAAAUGUAUGCAAUCUUAUCUUAAUGAUAGCAAACAGGUUGUUUGAUUGAUCUUUGAUAACAGAUAUCAUCUGCAUUUUUACAAGAAUUAAAAGGGCACGAAAAUAUGUAAUUUUUAUUCUUUAUUAUUUGAAAGAUUCGAAUACAUUGAUCUA